AUGAAGCAUUUGAGUCUCUUUGCUGUAACUGCUCUUCUGCUCAUCAAUGGAUGUCACUGCACCACCAUCACAGUAAUGACAUCUACAGCUUUGACAUCACCUCCAGCUUCAACAUCACCUCCAGAUUCUACAGCGACUCCAGCUUCUACAGCGACUCCAGCUUCUACAUCACCUCCAUCUUCUACAGCGACUUCAGCAUCGCCAGCAUCUACAGCAUCACCAGCAUCUCCAGCAUCUACAGCAUCACCAGCAUCUCCAGCAUCACCAGCAUCGACAGCAUCUACAGCAUCUCCAGCAUCUACAGCAUCACCAGCAUCACCAGCAUCGACAGCAUCUACAGCAUCUCCAGCAUCUACAGCAUCACCAGCAUCACCAGCAUCGACAGCAUCUACAGCAUCUCCAGCAUCUCCAGCAUCUACAGCAUCACCAGCAUCUCCAGCAUCACCAGCAUCGACAGCAUCUACAGCAUCUACAGCAUCACCAGCAUCUCCAGCAUCACCAGCAUCGACAGCAUCUACAGCAUCUCCAGCAUCUACAGCAUCACCAGCAUCACCAGCAUCGACAGCAUCUACAGCAUCUCCAGCAUCUACAGCAUCACCAGCAUCUCCAGCAUCUCCAGCUUCUUCAGCAUCUGCCAAUCCGGCAGCUAGUGAAACCACUGCAAUGGCGGGAACAGCUGCUACAACAACAGCCACGAUGAUCACGGGUUCAACUACAAGUGGAGCAACAGCUACAGUCUCGUUUUCAAUCUAUCAGCUUCUCUGUGCAGGUGUUCUUACCUGGAUGCUGUCACUCAUUCAGUGGAGAGUUGGAGAUCACUGAGACUCAAUCCAGCGGAUGACUUUAUAUAUUAAUUAUUUUCCAUAUGUUUAGAAAAUAAUAGAUUUUUUGGACAUAAUGUUAAUAAAUGUUCUUCAGCAUUUCUUUAUUUGUGAAUGUACGUACACCGCUAUCACACACAGCAGAUAUUCCCUAUAAUAUCUCAUAUAAGAUGUCAAGAACAAAGUGCAUAUAAAUUGUAACAUAUUUAGAUAAACAUUAAAUUAAUAUUAUAAGUUACAUACAUAUUUAAAGUGUCAUGUGAAACAAUUUUUUAAACACUUUAAAAAGUGUUUUGAUAGUUUCGUAUCUGAAUAAUUGAGCAACCAAUGACAGACAAAGCAGAAUCCCAUCUGAAAGAUAAA